CGCCCGCACUGCUGGGACAUCCCAGUCCCUCUCGGUCCUCCUGACCUGUACCCCCACGUGCAUCCACUCGCAGACAGCCCAGUCUACCCAGUCUUCACAGCCCGCCUGUCGGCCCACCCGCAACUGCAGCCAUGGACGCCAUCAAGAAAAAGAUGCAGAUGCUGAAACUGGACAAGGAGAAUGCCAUCGACCGCGCGGAACAGGCCGAAGCUGACAAAAAGCAAGCUGAGGACCGAUGCAAGCAGCUGGAGGAAGAGCAGCAGGCCCUCCAGAAGAAGCUGAAGGGGACAGAGGAUGAGGUGGAAAAGUAUUCUGAGUCUGUGAAGGAUGCUCAGGAGAAACUGGAGCAGGCCGAGAAGAAGGCCACCGACGCUGAAGCAGAUGUGGCCUCCCUGAACCGCCGCAUCCAGCUAGUAGAGGAGGAGUUGGAUCGGGCGCAGGAGCGCCUGGCUACAGCCCUGCAAAAGCUGGAGGAGGCUGAGAAAGCGGCCGAUGAGAGCGAGAGAGGAAUGAAGGUCAUUGAAAACCGGGCCAUGAAGGAUGAGGAAAAGAUGGAGCUGCAGGAGAUGCAGCUGAAGGAGGCCAAGCAUAUCGCCGAGGACUCGGACCGCAAAUACGAGGAGGUGGCCAGGAAGCUGGUGAUCCUGGAAGGAGAGCUGGAGCGCUCAGAAGAGAGGGCUGAGGUGGCCGAGAGCCGAGCCAGGCAGCUGGAGGAGGAGCUUCGAACCAUGGACCAGGCCCUCAAGUCGCUGAUAGCCUCUGAGGAGGAGUAUUCCACCAAAGAGGACAAGUAUGAAGAGGAGAUCAAACUUCUGGAGGAGAAGCUGAAGGAGGCUGAGACCCGAGCAGAGUUUGCUGAAAGAUCUGUGGCAAAGUUGGAGAAGACCAUUGAUGACCUUGAAGAUGAGGUCUAUGCACAGAAGAUGAAGUACAAGGCCAUCAGCGAGGAGCUGGACAACGCGCUCAAUGACAUCACCUCCCUCUGAGUCCAUACCACUGUGGCCGUUGCAGGCCCCCUUCUUCUCAUCUCUCUUUCCACUCUCUUUGAGAGGGCGGGGGCAGCCAAGAGGAGCACAAAUUGGCAACAUUGCAUAGCCGGGCCGAGGACAGCUGAGGGAGCAUGCCUGUCACUUCUGUCACCUGCUCUGGCACUGGCUUCCCCCUGCUGUCUAUCCACCAUCCACUGACCUCCCUCCUCCUCUACUUAAUAAACUCUGAACUCGGUCUCCAUGCUGUUUUCCUGCCCCCCAGAGAGUCCUCCAUCACCACUGUCAAAGCACUGUGUACUCCUGAGACCCUGGCUUUUACCAGCGUCCUCGGUCUUGUGACACUCAGCCCCCGCACAGAACACUGGCCCACACAGAUCCUUCUGCAUGGCACUCCCAGCCCGUCACUUCCUGAUGACCCGUGCAUGUGAUAUAAGUGGGUCCAUCGAGCACAGCCUCCCUUCCCCUCUGCAGCCCAUCGCUGACCUUGGAGCACUUAACUGGGAUUCUAGAAUCUGACGGAAUGGCUGGAAGGGAGGUGGGGUAGUGAGGCACAGGGGAGGGGCCCGAAGGUCAGAAAAGGUCCAGUGAAGUCGAAAAAGUAUUGGAUUUCAGCAAGAGGGGCUUUCACAGCAACUGCAGGUCUGUUUUCUGUCCCAAUUCUGUCUGUCUGGCCCUCCCUUUCCUGACUGAACCUUUGUCUUCCCUUCUGUUUUCAAUUUUCCUGAACCUUCUAAAGGAAGGCCACCUGUUUACCUCCCCAGGCCACUGAUGCCACCCCAACCUUUUGUGUCCAGUCGGUCUACCCAUUUGCCCCAGGUCCACAAAGUGUCUCCUAACAUGUUUCUGUACGCUGCCAUCCCUGUCCUUGGUUCCCUCCCUCAUGUUCCUGCUUCCUGUUUCCCCUCCCCCACCUCAC